AUGCAUCGCGAUCAGACUGGCGGCAUCAUUGGACGCACAUUGGCCGAGUGGACGAGACGCCGCAGUAGCAAACGGGGCUCCGGUCGUCACGAUAUAGCCCAUUCUGGCCUCCGCCAGGCGACUGGUGGCCAGACGCAGACUCGGCUCGACGUACCUCUGACUGGGGCGGCCGGUGGUGGGUUCGGAGGGCCCAUGUCCAUGGUCAAUGGGGGCCUGCUACGAGGUGUCGAUGGUCAGCUGGUACCUCUGGGGCCCAUGGGUCAGGGUGGCGGGAUCUCCUACGUCUCCGAGGGGAGCCCGGCCACCGGGCUGCCGAUUGGCAGACUUCCGGCUCAACCCGUCAAGACGGCGCAUCCAUCGGUUGUGGCUUUGGCCGCGGCCAAUCAGGCCAGGCGAGUCGGUAUCGCCACGGAGGCUCCGCUAGGGAUUUCGGGUGGUGGCCAGGUUCCAAUCGUCGUGACGCCCAGUAGCAAUGGUCUUCAGGAGGCGGACAGGUGGGCGACAUCUCGUAGCAUAGCUGCAUUAACAUCACUUUGCUUUGUAUUUUUACCGGCACAAGCGCACACCACAAUCUGUAUCCUCACCUCGUGGCCAGGUGGUAUGAUUCCUUAUUUUACUAUGUCAACUUCGUCAACUUGGCAACUAUCUUAUGCCCUGGCUUCCCUCGCAUAG